UAAACCUGGCAAUUGUAACAAGCCUCUGUGCUGACAGCAACGUCAAUUCUUCUUCAGUCUUCUUCCAAUAACUUACAUCAUACCACCUCUGGUGUAUUAUCGCAAAUUCGUAACAUAUAGCCGUAUUAUAAGCAACCAAGUGAGCAUCUCCUUCUUAGAAUAUCAUAGCUCAGGAUAUGAAGACACUGAGACAAGUGCUGUAGAAAUGAUUCAGGUUCAUGAUGUGUACCCUUUGGCUAAAAUGGCUGCAUUUCCCCUGCGUAUCCUUAGCCUAAAAUUCACUGUUUUCUAUUUUCAGCCCAAUUGAUGCUUUUGUGCCAGAUUCAACCAAGUACCCACAUUUUGAUAAAGCCCAGUAUCUAGAGGUUACAGUUACUGCUGGAGAAAUGUUAAUUAUCCCAACUGGAUGGUACCAUCAGGCAUUUAACGAAGAGGAGACUCUGGCUAUUUCUAGCCAGAUCAUGAACAGAAAUAAUUACCUGGCUGUGUUAGAGGAAAUCAUUAAGGGAGGGAAUAUCAGUAGAAAAAAAUUACCUGCUUAUUUCAAUACACUGCUACCACCUGACCAGGUAAGAAAUAAUUACCUGGCCUUGUUAGAGGAGAUCAUUAAGGGAGGGAAUAUCAGUAGAAAGAAAUUACCUGCUUAUUUCAAUACACUGCUACCACCUGACCAGGUGAAGCUGUUUUUAUCUCUCCUUCAUAAGAAGAUUUUAAAGAAAGGUAAAGAAGUGACAGAGAGUGUAUUGAAAGAUAUGCAUCAGAAGAAAGUGUUGAACAUUUGAUGGAUUUUGUAUUCAAACAUGUAA